AUGGCUGAUCUUCAAGCUUUAUUAUCCGCACUUGAUAUAUUCAGUCGCACUCCGGACAAGGCAUCGCUAGAUAGCGCAAAUUCCUGGCUUCAGGAUUUCCAACACUCUCCUGAGGCGUGGACGACCUGCAAUGUCCUCCUCCUCUCUCCGGAUGCACCUCUUGCAGCCAAGCUUUUUGCCGCGCAAACCUUCAGGGCUAAAGUAACAUACGAUCUACACCAAGUGGAUCCAACUAACUUACUUGCCCUUCGAGAUACAUUAUUGACGGCGCUGGAGAGAUAUCAUGGUGGUCCCCGUACGAUCAACGUCCAACUGUGCCUCGCGAUCGCAGGCCUUGCUCUGCAGUUGCCCGCUUGGGACAAUGCUGUCCAGACAAUGAUUGACUCAUUUGGAAGAAAUCCAGCUACCGUUCCUACUCUUCUUCAGUUCUUGACUCUCCUCCCCGAAGAGUUGUUUGGAAACACAAAGAUACCGAUUACGGAUGAAGAAUACCGCGAGAGGUCCGCCCAAUUGCUGACUGCAAAUUCGAAACAGAUUCUAGAGCUGCUAUCGAUGUACAUCCAGGCACAGGGUGUAACCUCCACUGUUCAAUCUCAAGUCUUUGGGUGUUUGCGCAGCUGGCUGGUCGCCGGCGAGGUAAACGCUUUCGAAUUAUCGGAGACUCCUCUCUUCACGUACGCCUUCGAUGCCCUGGCAUCGGAGGAGCUGUUCGACGCUGCUGUUGACGUCAUUUGCGAGUUGAUUCACGAAACUCAAGAGAUUGACGAUAACAUGCAUGUCAUCGAGUUGAUUGUGCCCAGGGUCAUAGCUCUCAAACCCCGGUUGACCGAGCAGAGAGACGACCCUGACAAGAUAAGAGGCUAUGCCCGCAUUUUUGCGGAAGCGGGUGAAACAUAUCGUAUCCUUCUUUUGCAACACACUGAAACCUUCUUCCCUAUCGUCGAGGCGAUUGGAGAGUGUUCGGCCUAUCCUGACCUCGAUAUCGUGCCCAUUACCUUCCCAUUUUGGAUGCGACUUAGUCAAACGAUUGGGAAGAAAUCUUCAUUGUCGCCGUUGUUCUUGAAGGCGUAUCAGACUCUCAUGGGCGUGAUCAUUCGUCAUCUACACUUCCCAACAGAUCCGUCGAGUCUUACCGGACAAGAGCUAGACUCUUUCCGCUCUUUCAGGCACGUCAUGGGCGACACGCUGAAAGACUGUUGCUUUGUCUUAAGAACGGAAUUUUGCCUGCUUGCGACAUACCAAAUGAUUACAACUGCCCUUGCACACAGUCCUGAACACAUUUCUUGGCAAGAAAUUGAAGCACCUUUGUUCGCUAUGCGCUCCAUGGGCGCUGAAGUUGAUCCGAACGACAACAAUGCCGUUCCUAAAAUUAUGGAUCUUAUACCAUCUCUUCCAAAUCACCCUCGAGUUCGUUACGCAGCCCUCCUCAUCAUCUCGCGUUAUACAGAGUGGAUCAACGCCCAUCCCCAGUACAUUACUUUCCAGCUUCAGUACAUCUCGGCUGGCUUCGAAGACUCUGAUUCUGAAGUUUGUGCAGCUGCUGGACAGGCACUAAAAUAUCUAUGUCAAGAUUGCAAGCAGCAUCUCCUGGACUUCCUCCCUACCCUUCACACCUUCCUGAGUACAACUGGCACCAAACUUGUGCAGGAUGAUAGACGGCAGGUGUAUGAGGCCAUCGCGUUCGUUAUUUCUGCCAUGCCAAUGGACGCAGCAGCAGGGUCAUUACGCACCUUCUCCCUGGAUAUUCUCGCCAAGGUUCAUAAGCUCACCAACCACCAAGGAACUCCCACCAAAGCUGAGAUGGAAGAGGUUGGCGAUGGGCUCGAAAAUCUUGAAGUCAUGCUGCAGAUUGUUCAUAGUUUUGGCGAAGAGCUUCCCUCUGCUUGUCGGAACAGCUGUGAAGAAGCCUGGGUCGUAUUUGAUUCGUUUUUGGCGAAGUAUGCUGCGAAUGCAGAUCUCGCCGAACGCACCACCCGAGUCCUUCGCCGCGGCAUCGAUCUGUUCAAUGGUUCUGUGCUUACGGUUGCAUCCUCAGUAAUCUCAAGAAUGUCGGCGGCCUUUGAAACUACCGGUUUCCCCAGUUUCUUGUGGAUUGCAGGCAAGGUCAUUGGUCUAUUUGGAGACGAAGAGGAUUCGAGACUGAGGGCCGCUUUCCGUGUGCUUUUUGAGCAAUCCACAAACAAGGUUGCCUCUCUUCUGCAGGUGAAGAAUCCUGGAGACAUCCCAGAUGUCUUGGAGGAUUAUAUUCAAAUGCUCUUGCAGCUAGGGUCACUCGCGCCUGACAUAUUCUACCCAUCCCCGGCAUUCCCCAUCGCAUUCAGAGCAUCAUUGGCUGGUCUUACAGUGGUCCACAGCGACAUUAUCUUCGCCGCUUUGGACCUCUUCCAAGGUAUCUUGCUGCAUGACUCUUUAAAUUCUUCCCUUCCUUUGCCGCACCCACCGAAAUUUCCAAUAUAUGCCGCAUCCAUUAGGGCGGCCAUGGAAAAGGAAGGGUUUACAUUGUUGAGUUUGGUUGUCGCAGGAAUUGUGGGAGAGUUUCCAGCAGACUCGACAGCGAAGGUGGUGUCUAUCUUCCGGGUGCUCGCACAUACAUGGCCAAGCCAACUCCUCACGUGGCUACCCCGUGCAUUGGAGCAGCUUCCAACCUCGGAUGCUCCUGCCCAAGCGAAAGCACAGUUUCUCCAAGAUGUAACGAGUUCUGUAAAUGCAAGACAGUUUGACAAAGUGAAAUAUGCGAUUCUCUCAUUGACCAGAGCAUCACGAAAAAUACGCGAAAGACGAAGAACAGGAUUGUAAUUGCAAUAGCUUUAGAAGUAAACAUAUGUAAAGAAUAUUACAAUUUGGUUGUCAC